GGGGAAAAGAAAUGGGUGGACGGAAAGUCCCUGCGUGGAAAUCCCCUUGAGUUGGGUUUUUUUUCUCCCUCCUCUCUUACUUUUUUUUUUUUAAUGGUUUUAAACGCUAUCGUCGGUAUCAACGCGAGUAGUCGGUGUGAGCGAGAGGGCUCGUCAAAGUGCGAGCGGUCUCUCAACCCCCCCCCCCCCCCACCUCCCCAAAAAAAUAUAUAUGAAAAAAUAGCCGCGCCGGGAGGAGAAGCUCGAAUGGCGCCGAGCGAGAGGACGAGGCUGCCGAGUAUGCGGCGGCCUUUGUUGUAGCACCAGCCCCCGCGCAAGUCGGACAGUUUCUGCCUUCUACUGCCGCAGCUUCGCCUCUUGCUGGGUCCCCUUCCUUGCCGCCAUGUCGCAGGGCCAGAACUUCCUCCCCAAGUUCCUGUUCGUGUCCAAUCUGCUAAAAGCGGUGAAGAUCCGACAGCGGGUGCCCAACGAUGUGGUGAAGCCGGCGGCCAGCGGCGGCCUCAUGCACCACCUGCGGGGCAUGCACCGCUACACGCUGGAGAUGAUCGCCAUGAACCACUUCCCGCAAGCCUUCCGGGAGGUGGUGCAGGCUGCCAUCUUGGACCGGGCCAUGCAGGCCUCACUGGAGCAGGAAAAGAAGCUCAACUGGUGCCGGGAGGUGAAGAAGAUGGUGCCCCUACGGACCAACGGAGACGGCAACUGUUUGCUGCAUGCUGCCUCCCAGUACAUGCUGGGUGUCCAGGACACGGACUUGGUCCUCCGGAAAGCCCUCCACGGAGUUUUAAAAGAGACAGACACUGGCGUCUUUCGGGCACGGUUCCAAGCAGAACUUCUGCACUCCCAAGAGUUCACCCAGACGGGCCUUCGAUACACCACCACGAACUGGGAGGACGAGUGGGAAAAGAUCAUAAAGAUGGCGUCUCCGGUCUCCAGUAGCAACGGCCUCCAGUUUGACUCGCUGGAGGACAUUCACAUCUUCAUCCUCUCCAACAUCCUCCGCAGACCCAUCAUCGUCAUCGCAGACCAGGUGCUGAGGAGUAUGAAAUCCGGUUCCUCCAUCUCCCCCCUCAACGUGGGAGGGAUUUAUCUCCCGCUGCACUGGCCGCCGGCUGAGUGCUACAAGUACCCCAUCGUGCUGGGCUAUGACUCGCAGCACUUUGCUCCCCUCAUCACCAUCAAAGACAGCGGCCCUGAAAUAAGAGCUGUGCCUCUGAUCAAUCCCGGACGAGGAGGCUUUGACGAGCUGAAGGUGCACUUCCUGAUGGAGAAGGAGCACCAGCAGAAGGAGAGGCUCCUCAAAGAUUACCUGCUGCUCAUCGAGAUCCCCGUCAUUGGAUUGGGAUACGACGCCACGCGCAUCAUCAACGCCGCACGGUUGGACGAGGGCAACUUGCCCGAGGACAUGAACCUAAUGGAGGACUACCUGCAGCUGGUCAACCACGAGUACCAGCGCUGGCAGGAGGACAAAGAGCAAGCGUGGGCCGCCCAGCCCCAGCGCCCACCGCCCUUCUCCGUCUCGCAGCUCUCGCUAAUCGAGAUCCGCUGCGCCACGCCGCGCUGCACCUUCUACGUGUCGGUGGACACGCAGCCGCACUGUCACGAAUGCUUCGAGAAACGCCAGGCCACCACUACCACCACCGGAACCAGGGUAGAAGGCCUGGUGCACACCAAGGGCGGCGGCUCGGACAGCAGCGAGGGCAGCUCCAGAGGUGGCCGGAGCGGCAGCCCGCUGUCCUCCUCGUCCAGCCGGGUGGUGGUGCUGUCCAGCCCUCGCUCGGCCCUGCCUCCCACCGCACCCAGCCUAAGCUUGUACAGUGAAACUCACGCCAUGAAGUGCAAAACCCCCGGCUGCCUCUUCACCCUCAGUGUGGAGCAUGACGGACUCUGUGAGCGCUGCUUCAAUGCCAGACAGAACCAGGCGCUGCCUGGAGCUGGAACGGGACCUGGAGCCGGAACGGGCCCAGAUGUCGUAGCCCCUCACACAGUUGCUACACAGGGUCCCGGGUGGAACGAGUGGGGAGCCCGCGAGGUGGAGACGGAGCGCUGCAGCAUGUGCAGGCAGGAAGCGUUUGGGAUAUUCAACGGGCUAUGUCCACCCUGCAUGCAGAGUCAGCAGGCUCCAGAAGGGGGUGAGCCACAGCCCAGCAAGCCAAGGACUGAGGCUUCAUCUUCGGCUUGGAGCCAGCUGAGGGACCGUGAGCGGCCAUGCCUCACCCUGACGCCGGGGCACGCCUCCGCCUGGCAGGCCCCGCUCGCUCGGUCCUGUAAAAGAUCCGGUUGCCAGUUCUUUGGGACGCCGGAGAAGUUGGGUUUCUGCACUAUUUGCUACGUAGACUAUCAGACCAACCACCAUCUGACACCUCCCCCCCCAGCCCCGGCACAGGGCCGGCACGGUGUGGAGGCCGGCUUCCAGAACGCCACGCGGUGUCGGGGGCCGGGCUGCGGCGCGGUGGGCAAGGCCAUGCUGGAAGGCUACUGCGACAAAUGCUAUGUCAAAGAGCAAAGCGCACGACUCAACCAAGUGGCGCAUCGCACGCCAGACUCCCCUCCUCCUGUCGUGCGUGAGCGAGCCACCAAACCCAGAUCCACGCAGCAGUCGCAGACACAAACGCAGACCCAGUGCCGGCGGAGUGGCUGCAGCAACGUAUCUCCGGGCUGCACGGACCUCUGCCCCGAGUGUCACACGCGGGGCCAGGGCCGGGACGCCGGCCGGCGGGCGCAGGCGCCCAAGGAGAAAUCCAAGCAGCGGUGCCGGACGCAGGGCUGCGACCACUACGCAAACCAGGAGAAACAGGGCUACUGCAACGAGUGCGACCACUUCAAACAGAUCUACCGCGGCUGAACGCCAGCCCCUCUCGCCUACUAACCAACUAACUAACUAGCUAGUGACUAACUAGUAACCUUAUGGCCUGAAAAUCACCCCCCCCACCCCUGCCCCAAAAUCCUUUAACAUCAUUUCCUCCCCUGUGUAGAAUGUGAAGAGAGAGCGCGUGUGUGCACAUGGGGGGAUAAGCGAAAAUGUGUAUGUGUGUGUGUGUGUGUGUGUGUGUGUGUGCGCGCGCGCAGAGUUGACAUGGCCUCCACAAUACCUCUUUGUGCAGUCAUGACCAUCUGACGAGCUGUGACCACACAUGUACAAAAUGUAUUUAGAGGUACUUGCCCACUCGUGCCGUACGCAAUGAUUGUAUGUCAACCGGAAGCAUCCGAUUUUUUUAUGUUUUAUUUUUGCUUUCUAGAUCAGUGUUUCCCAACCUGUAUUAAGCCGAGGCACAUACAGUAGUUUACAUUAGAAAAAUGUCACUAAAAAGCAUACAGAAAAGCGUGGACAGGGAACUGAGCCCCACCGUUAAUAGUGAAAACCCCCCCACACCAAAUUUUUUUUUAAAUUGCCAAUAGAGGCCACAAAUUGGUGACAAAGCACUACUUUUGUCAAGUACUUUUGUCAUCAACUCACGUCAACAUAGUUCCAUGGCACAAGAUGCAAUAAGAUAAUGCCAAGAGCAAAAAAAACUAUGAAUAGAUGAGUUUUUCAGGAAUAAUGGGGGAUAAGUACCCUCCCAAAAAAUGCCAAUAGGUGAAUCCUCAAGUCACAAAUAUGCAUGGUACAAUGGGAACCGAGCCCUGCCAUGAAUAGCCAAACAUUGCAUGUAAUUGGCAGCCCCCCUCAAGUUUUUUAAAUGUAGAAUUGUGUACAUUUGUGUAAACCGUAAAUAUAUGAAAAACUAUGAUUCCAAAACUUUCAGAUCAUUUCAAGCACAUUUUACAUUACCGUUAUCUCGUGUACAUGCACAUGCAGCAGACUCUCCUUAACAACACAGACUAAACUUGGCUCCUUCCUAACAUAACAAAGUUUAUCUCUAAUUUGAGACGCCGCUUCGACAUACUUUCUUGACACUUCUAUCAGUACAAUUAGCCAGGGCUUUUCCACCAUCUUGUGGCAUUUUAGGGCAUUACAGAAAGAUGAACAAAGCUACAUUAUUUGUAUAUAAUAAAUAUACAUUUUCGGACAGAUUAAGUGAAAUUGGAUAAAACACUAAUGUCCCAUAGUGGUUGGGAAUCACUGUUCUAGACCACAGCCAAGGAUUUCUAGCCCUCGUCUGUCUGUCUGUCCAUCUGUUUGUCUCGACGCAUCCGUCUGUGCCUGUCUGUCUUAGCAUUUUUUUCUCCAAGGUAUGAGCGAUAGAGUGGUGGAGUUGUGACCAAUCAAAAUGGUCCCCGUCCCUCCAAAUUCAAAUGCUUCGAUGUUCUUGCCCCCCCAAAAAAUGGACUUAUAAUUAGUACGGUGUGAUUGCAUCAUACACAAGUCAUUUGAGGGAAAUCCGCCUCUGUAUUAUGUUAACGUCACGUAUGCUAAAUGAGUAGAUGUGUGUCCAAACGUGCGUGGGAAUUUUUUUGGGGGAAAAAGUAUAUUUUCCAGCGUUUAGGGUCCCCAGAAAUGCACUUUUUUAAGAACACGCUGACCAGGGUAGAGACUUGCAAAAAAGUGUCUUGUCUCCUUUGUAUGAUGUCACAUUUAAGGGACGGCCGUGCAUGUCACUAAGGCUGCGUUCAAACUCUUUCACUCUCUCACUACUCCCUACUCCCCAUGUAGGGUUGCACUAAAUAGUGAGCUCAUUCAUAACAACUUUUGGACACUACACGGAACUGACGUCACCGUUGUCGCACAAUUGCAAAGUAGGCUGUUGCGGUUGUUUAAAAAGAGAGAGAGAAAAAGAUUGCUGCAUUAGUUCAACGUACUGUUACUGUACAUUCCUAUAAAAUUUAGGGUGAUGAAUUUGAUCACUAAGCAUUCGGACACCUCUACAAAAUGGCGUAACUACUAAAUAUAGUGCACUAUAAAGUGGUUAAUGAGUGAUUUCGGACACAGCAUAAGUCUACUAUCAAUUAAUUGUUGGAUUAUUAUUUGUUUUGAAUUCCUCUCGUAGCUCAAUUUUCCCAUAGCUAUUUAUGGUGAUAACUAAAAAGAACAAGAAAUACUGUGAGAAUAAAGUCGUAAUCUUACAAUCACAAUGUUGUAUAUUUUUUUUUAGGGGAAUCAUCUUCUUCCCUCCUUUUAAAAACUUCAACUUCAUUUGAUCUCUUUUUAUUUUGUGCCAUGCCAGGGAGUUUCCCACUAUUAUACUUAAGUUUUAUGCUGAGAUUUAUUCCAAAUGCACUUAGUGUGGAAAAUGGUGGAAAAUAUACUUUUUUACCUUUUUUUUUUUAAAUAUUAUUCCCAUGUAUGUGUGGCCUUAACUCUAUGUUUAAUAUUAAAGAGUGCAAGACAGACAGGGCAGGGCCCUGUUGGAUGUGGUGAUACAUGCACAGAGAGCCUCUCCACUGUAGCCAGUGGAGACUUCAUUCAGCAUUUAUGUUCUAGCUUUUUUAAACCCCGACUUAAAACAGA